AUGGCUCGGGGCAAGAACAAAGAGACUGUGCAGGAGGAGGAUGCUGGGAAGACCUUGGACUAUCUGAAUCUCGACCCAAAUUUUGACAACGCCUCACAGCCCCCUCCCUAUGAAAUAGGAAGUUUGGGGGAAGAAGGAAACCUUGGAGCUGCAAUGAAAGUCAAAAACCUUUCCGCCAAGCCUAAGCCCCCCAGCUAUAGCUCUGUGAGCCCAUAUGGCUGGUCACAGAACCUCUCCCUCCCCCUGGAUCAGUCACAGUUUCGCUCCAAACCCAAGCCCCCCAUAAAAACACCUAUCAAGGUCAAGAAGACCUUUGGCUGGGGCGACUUCUACUUCAACAUCAAAACCAUCAAGUUCAGCCUGCUGGUGACAGGUAAGAUAGUGGACCACAUCAACGGCACCUUCAGUGUGUACUUCCGCCACAACUCAUCCCGUCUGGGGAAUAUCUCAGUGAGCAUCGUUCCUCCCUCCAAAACCAUGGAAUGGGAGGAUGUGGGACGCCCGAAACUCCAGUUCCAGAAUCAGCCGCAGUCCACCCUCAACUGCAGGGUGGAGUACCAGAGGACCAACAGAGCCAAGAAAAACAAGCCAUGCCUCUACGACCCCUCCCAGACCUGCUACUCAGUACACACCCAGUCUCACGCCACUUGGAUCUGUGCCAAGCCCUUCAAGGUCAUCUGCUUAUUCAUCUCUUUUCUCAGCACCGACUACAAACUGGCGCAGAAGGUCUGUCCAGACUACAACUUCCAGGCUGAUCUCCAGCACUUUGGAUGACGAGGAUAGUGGAUGAACUAGGCGGGUUAUUAAAGCAUGUUUUUCUACAUCUCCUACCCAGUGGAGAAAGGGGCUUGUUUUGAACAGGUCAUGAUGAACCUCUUGGACGGCCCAACACAGACGUUCAGAUGGAGAGAUUUGCUUUGUAGAAUGGAAGUCGUCAGCACCUGGACAAUAUGUUGAUAGUACACCACUGAAGAGUAGAAGAUCUACAGAAUAUCAAGUAGUGGUUGUUAUUGGGAACAAGUGUGAUAUUUAGUAAUUGUAAACUGUAUUUAGGGUCAAAUAUUGACUUGGUUGGAGUGAUGCUCCAUGUGCAUGCCAAUGCAGCUGGUAUUAGCGCAACAAUAAUUCCUGCUCUUUUACUACUGUAAUUAUGGUUGUGUAAAUUGUCUGCAUAUUUGUCACAUGUUGCCCAUCUGUGAUGGCCCUUACAUUAACUUUUUCACUAUUCAUUUGGGGACAUAUCACAACCAAGGCAACGCAUCUGCACUGUAAAAAGAAAAAGCCAACCUAACCAAUUGCUUAAUGUCUGUGAGUUGAGUGGACUUCAAAAUGAAAAUAUUUUGAGCUAAUGUUAAAGUUUGUUUUAGCUGAAUUUGAACAAGCUUGUUGAGUAAAUUACAAAUUUGUUUGCUCAAAACCACAAAAAAUCACACUAAUCUCUAUCAUAUUUCCCAGAAUGCUCUAUUGCAGGUUGAUUUUCAGAAUUGCUUGCUUCAAUACCUGUGUUUUUGCAUGUACAUUGAUUGGUUGAUUAAUCUUAUACUACACAAACAUAACUAACAACGUUUUUUUUAUUCUAAUCCAAUCUGUUAGUAGUUGGA